GGUGUGGGCGGCUGCGUGUUUCCGGAAGACGUGGCGGCUUUCGCCUGGGUUGUUUCCCGGCUUCGUUCUCUCGACUUUGCUUCACACCCUGGCCGCUCCGAGGUGCUAUCGACGCCGCCCUCACCCCUGCAGCCAUGAUCUCCUUAACGGACACACAGAAAAUUGGAAUGGGAUUAACAGGAUUUGGAGUGUUUUUCCUGUUCUUUGGAAUGAUUCUCUUUUUUGACAAAGCACUACUGGCUAUUGGAAAUGUUUUAUUUGUGGCUGGCUUGGCUUUUGUAAUUGGUUUAGAAAGAACAUUCAGAUUCUUCUUCCAAAAACAUAAAAUGAAAGCUACAGGAUUUUUCCUGGGUGGUGUAUUUGUAGUCCUGAUUGGUUGGCCUUUGAUAGGCAUGAUUUUCGAAAUUUAUGGAUUCUUUCUCUUGUUCAGGGGCUUCUUUCCUGUGGUUGUUGGAUUUAUUAGAAGAGUGCCAGUCCUUGGAUCACUCUUGAAUUUACCUGGAAUUAGAUCAUUUGUAGAUAAAGUCGGAGAAAGCAACAAUAUGGUAUAACAACAAGUGAAUUGAAGACUCAUUUAAAAUAUUGUAUUAUUUAUAAAAUCCUUUGAAGAAUAUUCAGCACAAAAUUAAAUUACAUGAAAUAGCUUGUAAUGUUCCUUACAGAAGUUUAAAACGUAUAGCCUACAGAGUAGCAACAGCAGUUAACAAAGAAGCAGUGAAAACAGACUUCUAACCAAGUCAUCUAAGAAGUCAGCAAGCAAACCGAAGGAGAUGAAAUCUAUGUUACAAUGCAUAUUGAAACUCUUGAAGGGGAUUUUUACUGUUUUUCCACAAUGUGUGAAACACAGCCAUCCUUAGAGAACUGUAGUGCCUGUUUCUUUUCUUUUUAUUUUGAAGAUGCAAGCACACCCAUAGGCAUUUGCUUUUUAGAACUGUAAUGUCCUCUGCAGCAGCGAAAAUAUUUCCAGUUGCACUGUGUCUCUGAAAGUGGUGCAUGAGUUAGAUUGGAUUAUGUCAUCGUGAUAUAUUAAAACCAGGAAAACCCAGUGUUGACGUAUGAAUCACUUUUUUUCUUUCUCUUUUUUUUUUUUUUGGUAAACGUAUGGUUAAAAUAAAACUUUUGUGGUUCUUCUGAAUCUUAAUAUUUUAAAGCCAGAUGAAAAUCUGAACUAGAUAUUCUUUGUUGGAAUAUGCAAAGGUCAUUCUUUACUAGCUUGUAGUUUCUAAGUUAUAGCUGACUCAGCACUUUUUCUUUCAGGAACACAUUCUGGAAGUCCUCAUACUUCUUGGGACUCUCACGUGAGCAUCUGUAUCUUUCAUGACAUGUAAGCAUUUAACAAAAAAAGCAUUCUUGGUGAUGUAGGAGUCUGUUACCUAGCUCAUUUCAUUGAAUAGUUUGUUAUUUAAGAUACUACAUGAUGCAGCCCAAAUGGAUAUUUCCAUGUUGUGAUCCAGUUUUUCUUUUUCUUUUAUUUUUUACAAUUUAGUGGUGAUUUAUUAUUUUGCUUUUCAUAAAAUUACUACUGGUAAUAUUUACUUUAAGAUGUACAGUGUUAAAAGGUUAAACUUACAGCUGUUUUUUAAGGGCUAUUUACAUAAGCCAAGUUUUCCCUUCUUUUCAGCUUUUUUCAUAACAAAAAUCAAUAUGCAUAAUGUGUGUUUCAUAUGAUCACUCUUCAUUUGAGUUCAUGGAGAGAAUAUCUGAGUUCACAUACUAAAUUAUUUUGCUGUAAUUAAACUGGCUAUAGUUCUGAAAAACAUGACACUACAAAAAUGAUGUGUUGUCUUUUCUACUGUUGCUGCUUGACAGGCAGUAGGAAACAGUAGUUGUUUCUUCAUUAGUAGUUUUCCAAGGUGGCACCCUUUUGAUAGAUGUAGGAAGACAUUUCAAGAGUCAUAGUACUAUUUGUUUUACCACUAAUGAUUAUACUAUUUACUCUUUUUUUUAACAAUUGCAAAGCUUUUUAAUGUAUAAAAUCAUAAUUGAAAUUUGUGAUUUUUAUUGACAAAUGUGUCUACGAAAUAUAUUACAGCCUAUGUUAUUUUUAGUUAAAUCUCUUGAUGCACAGAGAAGUUCCAACCUUGCUCAUCUAAAGAAGGAAGGACUUGGUAGAUAGUCUAAUGGUUCAGCCUUGUGGAUUACUGUCUUUUUGGUACUGGCAUUUGACUUAUAAUCUGUGAAAACAGAUGACAUUGACAAAAUGAGACUCCUACCUCAAUAGUUCAUGGAAUAAUAAGAAACCUAGUGUUGUGUCUAAUGUUCUUCAAAAAAGUAAUAUCCUCACUUGGAGAGUGUCAAAUAUAUACAUAUUUUGGGGAUUGACUUAUACAAGUUGCCCUGUAGGACUCUGUUAUACAUAUUUUUGACUGACCCGUAUUAUUUACAGUGGCUAGAUAAUUCUACCUUUUUAAAGCAAGAACAGUAUCUGUUAAUGUAUGGAACAUCUGUAUUAUUUAGCUCCUUUGUAGACAUGAAUUUCUAUCAAAAUAUUCUUUGCACUGUAACAGAGAUCUCUUUUUCAGCAAUCUUAUUUCAGAAAGCAUUAUUAGACAUGUGUAAAGGAUGUGAUAAUCUCCCAGUCCUUAGUAAGAGUCAGAGGCUUGGAGCAGUUUUCAGCUUUAAAUGAGUCCACAGUUUAUCUCAGAUGUGAGUUUGGGACUGCUUGGCAGCAUUGUAUGUUUCUUAUUCAGAACCAUUGAUGAGGCUCUAUUUUUAAACAUACUUGUCUUCUGACAGAAAGGACUGUACAUCAUAUUGUUUCUUCCUUUCCACAAUUAGCCUUCUGUCUUUGUGACAAAAAACAUUCUCUGAUUAUUGCUAUAAAGACGGAGGAGAAGGUCUAAUACUACUUAGCCUUAAGUGUUUCUGGCAUUGUUCAAAUGUAUUUUCUGUAAACAGAAACCUAUUUGGAAUGUUUUCCUUUUCCCCUUAUAAAUUGUAAUUCCUGGAAUACUGCUGCUUUUAAAAGUCUCACAGAUUAUAUGAUCUAACAGUUGAAUAUUGUAAAUACACUUGUCUUACUUCUCAAUAAAAGGGUACUUUUCUAUUAA